AUGGCUUCACUUCUCAAGUCAUUGGCCGUGUUGCCGCUGCUUGCAGCUACCACGUCGGCAGCAGCGAGUUAUCCAUCCAAACCAUCCGAUUUGACGACGCCCGUGCAGCAGCGCCUUGCGAUCAACGGUCCGAACUCGGUUUCUAUUGGUUGGAAUACUUUCCAGAAACUUACACAGCCAUGUGUACAGUACGGUACUUCUAGUAGUGCUUUGACAUCUCAGACAUGCUCCACCAGUUCAAUCACCUACGACACAUCCAGGACCUACUCGAAUGCAGUGACAUUGACUGGCCUGACUCCGGCUACUACCUACUACUACAAGAUUGUGUCAACCAACUCUACUGUUGACCACUUCUUUAGCCCGCGUGUACCUGGUGACAAGACGCCUUUCGCUCUCAAUGCUGUUAUCGAUCUCGGUGUUUAUGGAGAGGAUGGGUAUACUAUUAAGAUGGAUAUGAGUAAGAAGGAUACUAUCCCAUCCAUUCCCCCUGCCCUGAACCACACCACAAUCAGUCGCUUGGCGACCACCAUCAACGAUUACGAAUUUGUGGUCCACCCAGGCGAUUUGGCUUACGCGGACGAUUGGUACCUAAAAUCCAAGAACCUCUUGGACGGAGCCAAUGCCUUCGAAGCUAUCCUUGAGAAUUUCUAUGGCCAGCUUGCCCCUAUUGCUGGCCGUAAGCCAUAUAUGGCAAGUCCCGGCAACCAUGAAGCGAACUGCCAGGAGAUUCCAAAUCUUGGUGGCCUCUGUCCUAGCGGCCAGAAGAAUUUCACUGACUUCAUGAACCGUUUUGGCAGAACAAUGCCAACAGCUUUCACGUCGACUUCAUCAGCGAGUGCUGCGAAAGUCAAUGCGAACAAGGCCAAGGUGCUAGCUAACCCACCAUUCUGGUAUUCGUUCGAGUACGGUAUGACCCAUGUGGUGAUGAUUGAUACCGAGACGGAUUUUGCGGAUGCCCCUGAUCAGCCCGGCGGUGAUGCAGGUCUCAACGCCGGACCGUUCGGUACUGCCGGACAACAGCUUGCCUUCUUGGAAGCUGAUCUUGCAUCGGUCGACCGUACUGUGACGCCCUGGGUGAUUGUUGGCGGACACAGACCUUGGUAUACAACAAGUGGAGGUGACGCCUGCGACUCAUGCCAAGAUGCCUUCGAGCCACUGUUCUACAAGUACGGUGUCGACUUAGGUAUUUUCGGCCAUGUACACAACUCUCAGCGCUUCCUACCCGUUGUCAAUAAUACGGCGGAUACGGCCAAACUCAACAACCCGAAGGCUCCGGUGUAUAUCGUUGCUGGUGGUUCCGGAAAUAUCGAGGGCUUGAGUUCUGUCGGCACCAAGCAAUCGUAUAAUGCUUUUGCGUACGCAGACGACUUCUCGUAUGCCAAGGUUUCAUUCUUGAAUGCAACUAACUUGCAAGUGGACUUCAUUAGGUCGUCUACUGGUGAGGUCCUGGAUACGUCGAACCUGUACAAGGCGCAUGCGCAGCAGUUCGUGGUACAAUAA